AAUUUCAAGAUUCUGUUUUCGUUCAUCGUAAUUUGUAAGCUACAGGGAAACGAAGCAAGUCAGGAUCGGGAGAGGGUAAAAGAAUGGGAGACAAGGAUUCAGACCGUGACAAAGGUAAAGAAUGGCAGGCCCCGCCGGAUAAGACGGAUAUGAAGCUAUGGGGAAUACUCGCGUUCACUGUAAUCGGAGCUACGGCCACCACUUUCGCCGUUCAUCAGCUGCGAAGAACUUUUGAUUGGGUCUACACCCAGGUAACCUGGUCACAGUCAGCCCGGAAAGGAUCCAAAGGCGGUUCUUUCCGAACAACCUUCCACGAAGAAGCAUGGAGAAGGUACAACAAACGGAUGCAAGAGGAGUACGAGGAAGAGAUGGAGAGAGUGGAACGUAUCAGGCGAAUGCAAAGCGUUUUCAACAGGGAGAGGAAUAAAUUUAGGAGAGGAUAUGAAGGGUGGAGAGAAAACGAUCCGGGUGCAUACCAAUACCACCAGCAGUUCCAGCGAGAUGAUUGGUACUGGAAAACCGAGGCUUCGUACAGAAACCAAGGGACCAAUUUCAGGGAACCUCCAAGACAGAGCAGAGUCUAUCCAUUGUCACACCACUACUCAGUUCUCGGGCUCGACAGGUCGAGGGCAACUCCAUACACAGAGGCCGAGAUUAAGAAAGCGUUUAGGGCAAAGGCUUUGGAGUUCCACCCGGACCAAAACCAAGAUAACAAGGAUGCGGCGGAAGAGAAAUUCAAAGAGGUGUUGCUCUCCUAUGAGGCUAUAAAAAAUGAAAGGAAAGAUAUGAAGCUGUGAAAGCAAUGGUGAAGUCGGAGAGGUUAUGUAUUCCUCUUUGGUACCUUAUGGAAGAAAAACAAGAGAGCGUAUUCUUGGUGAUAGGCUUCAUUUGAGUUUCACACUGUGGUGUAAAAAAGAGGCCAUCUACAAAACUCUCUUAUUACAAAUAGGGUUUUUUUAUAUAUAUAUAUAUAUAUUAUUACAGGUUUUUUUUUUAAUUAUUCAACUUAUGUUGUAAAACUUUUUUGUAUUAUCUGCACCCGGCGAAUAACGGUAAGAAAAGGCUGGUUUUGUUAUUU